CCGUGGGGCCGUUCCCCUUCCUUCCCGCCCGUCCUCCCGUGCAGAGAAGCCCGAGUGGAAGCGGAGCAACCGGAGCCGUGAGUCGGAGCCCUCCCGUAGGGCGAGAGAAGGGCCUGGCCUUGCUCUGGACCUGGGCAGGCAGCGCUCGCCCCUGGGCAGCCCUGAAAGCCUGCGCUCGGCUGGGAGGUCAGAUGUGGGGGGGCAGGAGGUGCUUGGGCCCUAGUAAGGGAUUAUAAGAUGCUCCGUGCAGCUGCGCGUCGGCUCCUUGAAGCAGGGAACCGUGCCCGGACCUGCUCUGCUGUCUGCCCGGGCAGUGUGAGGGGCUGGCCGGCGAGGUCGAGCUGCUGAGGGAUGGAAGGGCUGGGGAGCAGGAGCGUCGCGGCCUCCUCGGGCCUGGCCGACUGCAGUCUGGUGUUCUGGACGCUGUGCUCCGUCCUCCUGCCGGUGCUGAUCACCCUGUGGUGCAGCUUCCAGCGGUCCCGGCGGCAGCUGCUGAUCCGAGACAUCUUUCGCAAGAGCAAACAUGACUGGCACUACACAGACCUCUUCGGGCAGCCCACCUACUGCUGCAUCUGCGCCCAGCACAUCCUGCAGGGCGCCUUCUGCAGCUGCUGCGGGCUGCGUGUCGGCGAGGGCUGCCUCAAGAAGGCCGACCGGCGAUUCCUCUGCAAGGAAAUCAUGAUGAGGAGCAGCGCCGGAGCCCACAGCUCGAUGCCGCACCACUGGAUCCGGGGCAACGUCCCACUCUGCAGCUGCUGCAUGGUCUGCAAACAGCAGUGUGGCACACAGCCCAAGCUCUGCGACUACAGAUGUGUGUGGUGUCAGUACACUGUACACGACGAGUGCAUGAUGGAUCAUUUGAAGACUGAGGAGUGCACAUUUGGAGAAUUCAGAGACUUAAUUAUUCCACCAUAUUAUUUGUCUACAAUCAACCAGCUGCGGAAAGACAAAAGAACCAGUUAUGAAAAGGUAGUCCCUUACAGCAGGAAGCACUGGAUGCCAGUGAUCGUCCUGGCUAAUACUCGCAGUGGGAACAACAUGGGUGAAACUUUGCUGAGAGAGUUUAAAAUUCUGUUGAACCCUGUUCAGGUUUUUGAUCUAAGCAAGACUGCACCUGCUAAAGCACUCCAGCUUUGUCUCUUGCUGCCUUGCAACGCUGUCAGGGUUCUGGUCUGUGGUGGGGAUGGCACAGUUGGCUGGGUCCUGGAUGCAAUUGAUGAGAUGAAGAUAAAGGGGAAAGAAUGUUAUAUUCCACAAGUUGCAAUUUUACCUCUGGGAACAGGCAAUGACCUGUCUAACACACUGGGCUGGGGUGCAGGUUAUGCUGGAGAAGUCCCUGUGGAGCAAAUCCUACGGAACGUCAUGGAGGCAGAUGGAAUCAAACUGGACAGAUGGAAGGUUCAAGUAACAAACAAAGGAUACUACAACUUAAGGAAACCAAAGGUAUUCACAAUGAACAACUACUUUUCUAUAGGACCUGAUGCUCUCAUGGCUUUAAAUUUUCAUGCUCACCGUGAGAAGACUCCCUCUCUGUUUUCCAGCAGAAUUAUCAACAAGGCUGUUUAUUUUUUUUAUGGAACCAAAGACUGCUUAGUACAAGAAUGUAAAGAUCUUAACAAAAAGGUUGAGCUAGAGUUGGACGGUGAGCGAAUCGAGUUGCCCAAUUUGGAAGGCAUCAUUGUCCUGAAUAUUGGCUACUGGGGAGGUGGCUGUAGGCUCUGGGAAGGAAUGGGUGAUGAACCUUACCCCUUGGCAAGGCAUGAUGAUGGACUUCUGGAAGUUGUUGGCGUUCAUGGUUCUUUUCACUGUGCCCAGAUUCAGGUGAAACUAGCAAAUCCUGUGCGCCUAGGGCAGGCACACACAGUGAGGCUGAUCCUGAAGAGUUCCAAGAUGCCAAUGCAGGUGGAUGGGGAGCCAUGGGCCCAGGGGCCCUGCACUGUCACCAUAACUCACAAGACUCAUGCACUGAUGCUGUACCACUCGGGGGAGCAGACCGACGACGACGCGUCCAGCACGUCUGAGCCAGAGCCCGCCAGGGAGCAGACAGAUGAGGAUGAGUAGAUCUGGUGGAGCUGAAUGUCAUGCAGCAAUGGACUUCAGCUCAUUAAACCACUGAGAACACCUAAUCUAGCUUCAGGUUUAUGCUGUAAGGUUCAUACUUGUGAGUGAACUAGAGCUGAGGAAAAAGCCAUGCUGUUACCUGCAUGAAAACUGUCACAGCUGAACUCGCACAACUGGUUUGGCUUUCAGGUCAGUGGUGAUGCCCAGCCUGCCUGGCUGGAAGAGUUAGUUGCUGGAGUGGCAGGACAGAGAUGCUGCAGCCUUUCCUUGCCAUGCAAUCAGAUCUUCUGCACAUAAUGUUUGCCAAGUUUGAUGCCCUUGGGAAGGGGAACAGCUGGGAGUUUGGCCUGCUUCCACUUGCCCUCUCCCCCAGAACAGAAACCCAGACCAAGCAGGACGUGGGCUGUUUUCUGACAGCAGACUUCUCCUGGUUGCCAUCUCUUCUUGGGAGCAAGACAAAUCCUUACCUGUUCACCAGCUUGUGCAGUGUAUAUCUAAUAGGCUUGACUGGGAGAGCAGAGGAUCUGGGAGCUCUUGGGAAGGCAGCUAGGAAGAAAGAUGCUUUUGGACCAGAAGUUUCUGGAAAAGUUCUGUUAGCCAAUGACCUCUUUCAGAAGCUUUGUAAGCCAUAAACAGAGUACUCCUGAGGUCCUGAGGACUCAAGAUACAACUUUGUGACUUGCACUGAAUGAUCCUGUGACUGAUGCUGCUUCAGGUCAAUGAGAGACUACUAGUUUUUGUAAAUGCAACUUUGUAGUUGUUGGGGAGGCUUCUUGGAGGAACACUUGAACAAAGAAUCUGUCUUUUGUUUUUUAAGCUGUUUAGAGGAGGGGUUUAAAGACAUAAUUGGUAGAUGUGUUUGUUUUUUCAAGCCUUGUUGAAGGUCUUGCUUUGUAACUACCUGGAAAUAGUCAAUAGUGAGUCAGUCUGUUAACUGUUUCAGUUUUAAGUGUGGAGGUUCAGAGUUGUUUGCAGAGGUUAGCAUGUCCUGACCUUCAUGUGUGUAAUUUGAUUGUGAAACAAGAAUGGAAGCAUUUGGUUUCUGCUUGGCUCUUAGGAGUCAAAGAUAGCUUGAUGGACCUGAAAUUCGAUUUUAGGAGAGAAAAAGAUUGAUGGUCUGUGCUGGCAGUAAAGUCCUGCUGUAUGGGGUCUCAGCCACAGAAACUGUCAGUUUGGCAUAUCUGAAGCUUCUCAGGUUCAAAGCUUCUCAGGUGAAAACAUCUUCACAGCUAGCAAAGUAAAAACCUGCUUCCUUUAUCCUAUUCUAUCCUAGGUACUUUAAGCCUGCAGCAGGUAAGAGCAAUGAGUUGAGGCUUCAAACUUGUCCCUAAUUCAGUCAAGUCCAACUGAGUCACUGAAGGGAUCUUCCAAGCUGCAAAAUAAUUCAUGCUGAAUGUAUCUUGCACAAGCCAAGACUGUAAGAGAAGUUGAAAGCUUCAAUCAGAGCUCUGAACAUUGCUGCUUUUCUCAGAACUCCCCCAGUCUUUGUUUGUUUGAUGCAAACUGAAAUUGAUACCACAGGGUGAACUUUUCGCAGCAAUGCACGUGGCAUUUGCAUUAAUGCUGAAUGGACUGUUGAGAUUUUAGAGGAAUUUGUUGCACCCAUGGCAAAGGCAGUAUUUUUUAAAACCUUCAAUUGUAGUCCUCUUUGGAGAGCAUUUUUACCUUGAUGGGGUUUUAUUGUAGAAAGUCUGUGUGCUAGAUCUGAAGUACUACUGAUGAGCAGUGAAUUUAUACCUGCCUGAAAAUGUGAUGAGUGUCAUGAACUGUAGAGCAGAAGCCACUUGUAAAUUCCAUAUUCACUAGCCUUAUGCACUUCAUCUGAAUUAUUUUAUUGUGUGUAAAUAUGGAGGACAAGAUAAUAGUUGAAUCUAUGUUUUAAAAAAUGGUUUAAAUCUCCCC